GGAACCUGGGCAGGGACUCAGCUGAUGGGUGGCCUCCAGUCGCUCCCAAAUUGACUCAAUGCAAUUCCCUGAGCAAAUUCAUUUUCCCAGCGCUGAAAGCUCAGAGGCUUGGAUUUGAUGGUCCCUCAGGUGCCCCGGGAGUACGGAAGUUCAAUAACUCGAAGAGGUCGGGGGUACUUAAGGUAUUAUUGGUUUGUGUCCAAAUGGUUUUAUGUAAAAAAGUGAGCGUCUCGAGGGGCUGGGUGUCAGCUGUGGCCCUCGCCCUAACCUGCUUUGCUCGAUUGGUUAUCAGGAAAUCAUUUGCUUUUCAGUCGCUUUCCCCCUGAUUCAAAGUCACUUGUCAUGGAUUCCGUGUGGGUCUGGCGAAGCUGUAGGAAGCGCUCUACUUAAGAAUUUAGAGCUGGGAACUUGGCAGGCCUUAAGCAAAGACUGAUGAGAGAUGCCAGGGUGGUCAGCUCUCCAGAUAACUUUGAGGCAGCUUGGGCAAUUUAUGGGGGGGCGGAGGGGGUGGACAGAGCACACACUGUAUUGGAUAGCUUUCAGGCCUGGGGGAAGGGCUGCAGAAUGGAGUUUAAUUAAAAUUCGGGUCCCAACGUGGCCCGUCUUCCUUGCCAAGUCAGCAGCUAGCAUUUCUGUUUGUAGUGCUGGUGAUCUCGCUGCGAUGACAAACUUAGUUACCUCGAAAAUUCUGGCCAGUCUGCCUAAAACGUCAAUACGCCAACCAGAUGUUCUACCAAGGUCUGGCACACUGCUGUCCUUUGCCUGUGAUUUCAGAGAUACCUGAUCGACCACCGCUGGGAGGGAGGAGGCUGGGAAAGGAUCUGGGAAAAGAGCUGGUGACAAAUGAGAAAACCAUCGCAUUACACAGCUUCACACCUUUCCAAAUGGCUUCUGUGUUCCAGGUAGCUGAGUCGGAUUUCUGAGGAGGGGCUGCUCUGCCUUCGUCUUGGUCCAGCCAUGAAGCUCUUCCUGCUUUGUGUCUGCACGCUGCUCCUGAUGGCUUCACAGCUGAGGGCAGUCAGCUUUCCCGAAGAUGAGGAGCCCCUCAAUACCGUUGACUACCACUAUUCAAGGCAAUAUCCGGUUUUUAGAGGGCGCCCUUCGGGCAAUGAAUCACAGCACAGGCUGGACUUUCAGCUGAUGUUGAAAAUUCGAGACACACUUUAUAUUGCUGGCAGGGAUCAAGUUUAUACAGUCAACUUAAAUGAAAACCCCAAAUCAGAAGUCAUUCCAAGCAAGAAGCUGACAUGGAGGUCAAGACAACAGGAUCGAGAAAACUGUGCUAUGAAAGGCAAGCAUAAAGAUGAAUGCCACAACUUCAUCAAAGUAUUUGUUCCCAGAAACGAUGAGAUGGUUUUUGUUUGUGGUACCAAUGCAUUCAAUCCCAUGUGCAGAUAUUACAGGUUGAAUGCCUUAGAGUAUGAUGGGGAAGAAAUCAGUGGCCUGGCAAGGUGCCCAUUUGAUGCCAGACAAACCAACGUUGCCCUGUUCGCUGAUGGGAAACUAUAUUCUGCCACAGUAGCUGACUUCUUGGCCAGUGAUGCUGUGAUUUAUCGAAGCAUGGGAGACGGAUCUGCUCUUCGCACCAUAAAAUAUGAUUCCAAAUGGAUAAAAGAGCCACACUUUCUUCAUGCCAUAGAAUAUGGAAACUAUGUCUAUUUCUUCUUCCGAGAAAUUGCCGUGGAACACAACAACUUAGGCAAGGCUGUGUAUUCCCGUGUGGCUCGUAUAUGUAAAAAUGACAUGGGUGGCUCCCAGCGGGUCCUGGAGAAACACUGGACUUCGUUUCUGAAGGCUCGGCUGAACUGUUCAGUCCCUGGCGAUUCCUUUUUCUACUUUGACGUUCUGCAGUCUAUCACAGACAUAAUCCAAAUCAACGGCGUCCCCACUGUGGUUGGGGUGUUUACCACGCAGCUCAACAGCAUUCCUGGUUCUGCAGUGUGUGCAUUCAGCAUGGAAGACAUCGAAAAGGUGUUCAAAGGACGGUUUAAAGAACAGAAAACUCCAGAUUCCGUUUGGACAGCAGUCCCCGAAGACAAAGUACCCAAGCCAAGGCCUGGCUGUUGUGCGAAACAUGGCCUUGCGGAAGCGUAUAAAACCUCCAUCGACUUCCCCGAUGAGACCUUGUCAUUCAUCAAGUCCCACCCCCUGAUGGACUCCGCCGUCCCGCCCAUUGCCGAUGAGCCCUGGUUCACAAAGACCCGAGUCAGGUACAGACUGACAGCCAUCGCCGUGGACCAUUUGGCAGGGCCUCACCAGAACUACACAGUCAUCUUCGUUGGCUCCGAAGCUGGCAUUGUACUUAAAGUUUUGGCAAAGACCAGUCCUUUCUCGUUGAAUGACAGCGUAUUACUGGAAGAAAUUGAAGCUUACAACCAAGCAAAGUGCAGCGCAGAGAGUGAGGAAGAGAAGAAGGUCAUCUCAUUACAGCUGGAUAAAGACCGCCACGCUCUGUUUGUGGCAUUCUCCAGCUGUGUGAUCCGCAUUCCCCUCAGCCGCUGUGAGCGGUACGGAUCAUGUAAAAAGUCUUGCAUUGCAUCUCGUGACCCGUAUUGUGGCUGGUUAAGCCAGGGUACUUGUGGAAGAGUAGCAGUAGGGAUGGCUGCUGGAGGGUAUGAACAAGACACAGAAUACGGCAACACGGCCCAUCUAGGGGACUGCCACGAAAUUUUGCCUACUUCAACUACACCAGAUUACAAAAUAUUUGGCGGUCCAACAUCUGACAUGGAGGUAUCUUCAUCUUCUAUUACCACAGUGGCAAGUAUCCCAGAAAUUACACCUAAAGUGAUUGAUACCUGGAGACCUAAACUGACGAGCUCCCGGAAAUUUGUAGUUCAAGAUGACCCAAACACUUCUGAUUUUACUGAUUCUUUAUCGGGUAUCCCAAAGGGUGUCCGAUGGGAAGUCCAGUCUGGAGAAUCCAACCAGAUGGUCCACAUGAAUGUCCUCAUCACUUGUGUCUUUGCCGCUUUCGUGCUGGGUGCGUUCAUUGCUGGUGUGGCAGUCUACUGCUACCGUGAUAUGUUUGUCCGGAAGAACAGAAAGAUACAUAAAGAUGCAGAAUCUGCGCAGUCAUGCACAGACUCGAGUGGAAGUUUCGCCAAACUGAAUGGUCUCUUUGACAGUCCGGUCAAGGAAUACCAACAGAAUAUUGAUUCUCCUAAACUCUACAGCAACCUCCUGACCAGUCGGAAAGAGCUGCCACCCAGUGGGGAUACAAAAUCCAUGGUAAUGGACCAUCGAGGCCAACCUCCAGAGCUGGCUGCUCUCCCUACGCCAGAGUCCACACCUGUGCUGCACCAGAAGCCACUACAGUCCAUGAAGAGCCACUCAGACAAGCCCCAUGGCCAUGGAGCUUCCAGGAAGGAAACCCCUCAGUUCUUUCCUUCUAGUCCUCCACCUCAUUCUCCAUUAAGUCAUGGGCAUAUCCCUAGUGCCAUUGUUCUUCCAAAUGCUACUCAUGACUACAAUACAUCUUUCUCAAACUCCAAUGCACACAAAGCUGAAAAGAAGCUUCAAAACCUUGAUCACCCUCUUACUAAGUCGGCCAGUAAGAGAGAUCACCGGCGUUCUGUGGAUUCCAGAAAUACCCUCAAUGACCUCCUGAAGCAUCUAAAUGACCCAAACAGUAACCCCAAAGCCAUCAUGGGAGACAUCCAAAUGGCUCACCAGGCCCUAAUGCUGGAUCCCGUGGGACCAGUGUCAGAGGUCCCGCCGAAGGUCCCUAACCGGGAGGCAUCACUGUACUCCCCUCCUUCAACACUGCCCAGAAAUAGUCCAACCAAGAGAGUAGAUGUCCCCACUACUCCUGGGGUCCCAAUGACUUCCCUGGAAAGACAACGGGGUUAUCACAAAAGCUCCUCACAGCGGCACUCUAUAUCUGCUAUGCCUAAAAACUUAAACUCACCAAACGGUGUUUUGUUAUCCAGACAACCUAGUGUGAACCAUGGGGGAUACAUGCCCACCCCCACUGGGGCGAAGGUAGACUAUAUCCAGGGGACACCAGUGAGCGUCCACCUGCAGCCUUCCCUCUCCAGACAGAGCAGCUAUACCAGUAAUGGCACCCUUCCCAGGACGGGACUAAAGAGGACACCGUCCUUAAAACCUGAUGUGCCACCAAAGCCUUCCUUUGUUCCUCAAACCCCAUCAGUCAGACCACUGAACAAAUACACCUACUAGGUCUCAAGUGUGCUAUUCCCGCGUGGCUUUAUCCUAUCCUGUUGCUGAGAGGAUGAUGUUGUAAGGGGCACCUUAACACAAGAGGCUUGCUCGUAUUUUAAGAGAACCAAGUGGCCAAAGAGACUCUCUUUAACUUUGGCAACAUCAGAACUUGCCACAUGUAGCUACUGCAGCAAAACUUCUGUGUGCUUAACUACACACAAAGGAAGGUGCUGGUAAUUCCAUUUCUGUGGUUGAAAGCUAAAGUGAUGCGUAGCUCCCCAGGGGCUACCUUAACCAGGAUAAAAGAGCUGAGAACAGUACUCAGAAGAAUCUGUGAACAAAUACUUGAAAAUGGGUUCCAUUUGAGGCUGCCAUUCUGUGUGGUCUUCCCAUUAAAUGUGAACAUUUUAAUAUGUAUGCAUUCACCUUGCCUCUUGCACAAAUGUCAAAAAGAACAAAAACAAAACAAAAAAAAAGAUGGUAAUGUCCCGAAAAAAAAAGAGAACUUGUAUAUUACCCAGCAGUUUGCUAAAAAAAAAAAUUCAGUCUUUGACCCCAAACUGUAGCAUUUUUUUUCAUGCCACUGACAAACGUUGGAAGUGUGUGUGUGUGUGUGUGUGCGUGCGUGCGUGCGUGCGUGUGUGUGCAUGUGUGCAGGCAUUUGGGAGAAAAUGAGAAAGAUGUGUACCCACUAGGAUUUGUUUAGGUGCUCACUGCAUCUUUUUGUGCUACGGAGUUGUUUACAUUUGAGCAUGACCGAACAAAAAACUAAACUUCAUCCUACAUCAGUCAUUGGGUUCAGCUCUGAGAGAAUACAAUCAAAGCUCCCUGGACACUCAAAAUGAUACACUCACCUGGUGUGGUACCCAAUGCCAGAAUGUAAGAGUUCCAAGUAAAUUUUGUGCUGCUAUUCAUUUCAGACUUUGAUUCCAGUCUUGCCCCAGCUUUCAGAGCUAGAGAUAGAGCUGGUAAGAGGUAUCCUUGAUUCACCCAUCAGUAUUCAGUAGUGAUACGUUCACGUCCACUGUGAAUCAAAGCCUGAAUUACACUACUUAACCUUGGACACACUAAUAAAGAGUUGAUUUAGACUGUGUUGAGUUCUUAUCCCCUCCCCAAUAUGUAAAAGUUUUCCUCCUGUAACUCCUCCUAUUCUCCAAAGCAAAAGUAAAAGCAAACGUGGAAAGAAAGACAUGGGAAAGGAUUUACAAUUGAGUGACUUAGCAGGAGCUGUCUGUGCAGACCUCUCAGUGGUACAGUCAUGUUGUCUAUGUUGUGUUCAUGUGAGAAUUUCCUCCUGAGUCAUGCAGGUAAUGACAGUAUACUGUAAAUACCACAUGUGAGUUUACCUGAAUCUGUGCAUUUUGUGCCUUAUUCAUGAGAAUUAUAGAAUCACUACGAUAUGUCAAGUGUGUUGAGUAUAGCACAUCAUUUACUGAGUGCCAGUUGUCAAUGUUUUUUCAACCAGCACCUGGAAAGACUUUUAAAAAAAGAAAUCAUAAAAGCAACCUACAACAGUGAAUUGUUAAACAAUCCACUUGAAUAGCAGCAUUACAUCUUUUGCCAUGAUAAAAACAAAACAAAACAUUCCACUCCCACUUUCCUAAGGAGGAAAUGGUAUCAAUGUGAAGUCAAAUGGGGUUUCCCAGAGAAUACAUACCACCUGUGGAGACCACGGAGAGUCAGUGAUAGAGUUUGGCAGGACCCUCAUACAGUAGUUAAAAUGCUGCACAUAGCCCAACUGUCUGUUGAACCUAAGCUAAAAGUACCACGGCAAAGGAAGGCUCCUGAUUUGUCACACAAAUAAGUUCAGCUGAUUUCUUGUGAUAAUGCUGAUGAGGUUAUCUUACUUGGGGGAGUAUGGGAUGUGAAAGACCAGAUCCUUUUUAUACAGAAUCUAGGCUAUUGAUAAGAGUUGUUCUUUUCCUUUGAGAACAUUAUUUGACAAAGAAUAUGCUUUCCUGUGAUCUCUGGAAGCUCAUCUGUUUUCGAAACACUUCAGCUUUGCAACUAAAAUAUUACAGAUUAAUCAUAAAUUAAACCAACCAAUGAUAAACACUACUCAGUCCACCACCAACAGAUGUGUUUGAAUUUACCUUACCAAUAUUAAUCCCAGCGUGGUAACUCUGUGUGACCCCAGAUAACAUUGUGCUGCCUUGUAGUUUGUAAUGUGAGUUCUAUCAGUAUUUAUGUUGAGAUUUCUAACAUUGACUCUAGUCUCUAUUCUGUUCAUUUAAUUUUUUAAAUGCUUUAUCCAUUUGUGCAAAGGUAAACACAGAUUGUAUCUUUUUUAAUGGUACGGCAUUAAAAAGUAACCCUCAGUGAAGUGGCUCUAUACUGUUUUAUAGAGUACUUUAACAUGUAUAGAGAUCUUGUAAACUUGUAUUGUGGAUGUGUAAAUAGUAUGUACUUUGGGUUUUUAACACCGCAUGUAAAGUCAAAAUAAAAUAUACAAUCAUUA